CUUUGUUCCUUGUAUGUCUUCUGUGUUGUUGGCUUGUGUUCAGUGCACAGGGACCUGACUUCUUUUUUUUUUUUUUUAACUUGUCAGGUCUUAUGGACUUGGAGCAUGUGAUCAACAGAAAAAUGGAACUGAAGCGUAAAGCAGAGGUAAGCGACAUUCUUUCUACUUUGCUAAAUAACCAAUGCUGAAAUGUUAAACUGAGAUGAGCAUUCAGGUAUCUUUUUACUGAAGCUGCAGUACUGAAUCAUGAGCCACCUUUUGUGCCUAUGACAAAGUGCCAGCUACACGUGCAAAAUAUAUGUGGACUCUUAAUCCUUCCCCUCUCUGCCAGUUUGUGCCAUAAGGGUUAAUGGGCAGCCUAAUCUAAUACUUUAUGCUUUUAACUACAUUGCAUUUGUAUUUUUAUAUGCCCCCCACCCCCCCAAAACAUGUAUCUCCUGAAAAUGUAUCUCACCUGUAGUGAUUCUGGUGCUUUGAGUGACUAUUUAUUUAAAUGGGUGGCCUAUGAGCUUACAGUCCGGACUGCAUUGUUUUAUUGUAUCAAUUUGCAUCUGUAAGAGUACAGCUAAUAAGAUUCCUCAAGCUACAAAUGCAGAUUUGUACCUAAAAUAAUGGUUUGAUUUUCUUAUUGUGGAUGUCUGUCACUUUUCACCCACUUUGUCUGUAAUGUACAUGUGGAACGGAUUUGUCUUGAUGCCUCUGUAUACAUUAAGAAUGUUCUUUGUUAGUGAAUUACCUGUCGAGAGUGUCUAAAUUCUUUUUACACCCACCUGUAUUCAAGACAUCAGGGAAAGCUGUACUGUAGCAGUGUGUAACUGGGGGCAGUUUGUAACUUGGAGGGGUUUGUAAAUGUGUAAGAUAACCUGUAAAUCAGACACAUACAUGCACUGCUAACAGAUAACUUUCAUAAAAAACAGAGGAUCUGUUUGGUAGAAUAACUUCUGAAGAUCUUUGCUUUUUGGCAUAUGGAAUUGCCCUAUUAAGACCCAGGAGAGAAGGAUUUGCUAAGAUAUAGCAACCAUUCCUGGUUUUCUCAAAAAGCUGCCAGUUUGCAGCAAACCAUAAAAAAGUUGAGUCAAAGUAUUUUCAUUAUUGUAUGAAAUGUAUUUUCUCUAUUUAGUUUUUUUGGGGGUGGGGGAGGUUGUAUAUUGGCAGGGGGUUUGCAGUGCUCCCUAUCCUGGAGUGCCCAUUUCUGAUUUCUGUACCAGCUCCACUGUUUGAUUUUUCCCAACAGUCUAUCCUGUGUACUAUCAAUUCUUUGUACUGUAAUAUUGUUCUCUUCUGAUAUCUAUAUAAUAGGUGAGUUGCAUAGAAUAGUUUGUGGCUUUAUGGCUAAUUCAUUUUAAUCAGAUAUUUUAUAAUCUUAUCUGUAGUGAGAUGGACAAUAGGUCAGCUGUUUAGACUGGAAUUUGUUCGGUCUACUGAUAUUCGUUGUUAUUCAAUAUCUCUGCAGUUAUUCAAUAUUUAGUAAUAGUUCAACUCGUCUGUUAUGAAAGCUUUUGGAUUUACUAGAUGUUAUUACUGUUAAGACUAGUUGUGUGGCUAAUUAUGUUCAUAUUUGCUAUGCAUUUUCAUGUCUGUUUCCAUAAGGCCAGUAUCUAAUAAGACAAAAAUACCAGGUUAUAAAAAUAAGGCAAUCCAUAUAUACCCUUUUAACAUGUGUAAGAGACAUAUUGCAAAAUGGGUUAAAAUGUAGUGCCGAAUGCUAGCUGGUGCUGUCCGCAGGAUCUUUGUUUUUUUCAUGGUGAUUACUCCAAACAUAGUACAUUAUCCCAUAAAUCUCUCCAUUUAAAUACAGCCACAAUGUUAGUCAAAUCCAGAAGUGAGCAAAAGGCAGAUCCCUUGAUGUUUUGAAACUACAGCUCCCAUUAUGCAUUUUCAUUCUAAAGGCACACAAAGCAUCAUGGGAGUUGUAGUUUCACAACAUUUGGGGAUCUUUAUUUUGGUUGUUUCUGUUUGUAUUAAUUUUGAAGCAGUAUUUAAAUUGUACAGUUAUCUGUAUCUUAGUGACAUGUAUUCUUAAAAUGUGUUCACGGUUUCUGUCCCCCUGAUCUAUGCUAUAGCUGUUGAAGAGUGAAUUGAUGAAAGAGGUGGACAUUCACUUCAAUGAGUUUGUGAACAACUUGAUAGACGAAUCUACAGUUCUCGAAAGUUCUUCGAACAUCUACCCUGCGAGUGCCGAGAAAGACAGUCACAGAUCCCGGUAAGAUUGUCUCCCCACAAACAACUACAGACUGUUUGUUUAUUUUUCUUUAUAUACAGUAUGGUACAUUUUAGGGGAAAAAACAAGAAACUUUUAAGGAGUUAAGAUAAAAAUAAAACGACUUGUUUUUUGGACAAAAUGCUGCUUGUCUUACCUUUGAGAGAACUCUUGGACGGAAGAUACAGCAUUAAUGUUCUGUGGUUCUACGGUUAAUUUUGGAAUGUAACAAUGAGGAAUCUAUUGGCUCAUUCAGCUUUUGUAAACCUUUAUAGCACAUCCAAUAUAAUAGAAAAUUGUUUCAUACUUACCGUAAUUUUCUUUUCCUGAUAAUUAUUCAUGGCAGCAUUUACUCAUGGGUUAGCUCCUCCCCUCACAGCAGAAAGGACAGGAAAUAGAACUUUGAAACUGGUAUAAAUAGAUCCUCCCCCUUUCCAUCAGGCAGUCUUUGUAACUAGCUUCACAACUCCUAUAGUAUAUGGGUGGGAAUGUAAUGCUGCCAUGAAUAAUUAUCAGGAAAAGAAAAUUACGGUAAGUAUGAAAUUUUUUUCCAUUUUCCUGACCAUUAUUCAUGGCAGCAUUUACUCAUGGGGAAUACCCAAGCAAUAUAUAUAGAGGGAGGGACAUAAUUAAAAAACAGCUAAUAGCUAUAAAACCAUUAUUGAGCUGUAUAAAUCUUAGAAGACUUUACAAAGCCAAACAAGAAUCAAUAGGAAAUUGUCAUAAAAUCUGCUCAGACAAGAUAAUUUUCCCUAGAGGCUGCAAGGUCAGCAACCUCCUGGCAUUCAAUAUCUGAAAUAUCCUGAAUAAAUAUAGAGAGUCAGAUAGGAAUUAAAGCCAUGAUAGCAUAAGCUAGAGAAGGAAAAUGUCAUUCUGAUAUAAAAUUUAAAACCAAAUUGAUAUCAACAAAUCAGAACCUUGACAAAGGUAUAACUUCCAGAGAUCCUACUGGAACAAGCAGAUACUGUUGGAUGAGAACGGACACACCAUGCUAUUAAACACGGGGAGAAUUACACUGAGAAUCCUACUACUUACUGGAUGUAUUUAUUAAAUACGAUUCACACCGCUUCCUCUUGCCUUGUGAACUACUUACCUGAAGAUACAGGAACAAAUCAAUAUCUGCCUGUCAGAAAGAGGCAGAGCCUAGUAGAGAAAUAAGAGUCUGUUAUUAAAAACACUGCAACAUUGACCCGAUGUUGCAAAAUUCAGAUUCACAACGUGGAUGAAUUGAUACAGCAAUGAUCAAUCACAGGAGAGGAAUAAACUAAUAACAUUACUAGGCAAAGGCAAGAAGAAUCAUAUACAGAUUGGUUGAGGGGGAAAAAAAAAUAUUGGUAUGAACCAUAGAAUUUGUGGCAACUACUAAAUAAUAAGUAGGCCAACCACGUCAGUACCUACAGUCAAAGAUAAACCUAUUGUAAAAAGUACAGAUUAUGCCAAACAGUAUAAUCAAAUUUAUUAGAGACUGUUGUGCAACAUAAGUAAGAGAUAUAUAAUAGGCAAGAUACUGAGGGGAAGGUGGUAACCGGAGGCACAUUACACAUUGUGGCAACAGACAUAAUAAGCAGGAUAGUAGAAGAUAUUCAGUUAUCCUUAUGAGAACAAACAACCGCAUACUUACUCUUACCUUAUCUUCAGAUAGUGAAGAAGUACUUACGGCAGAGCCUAUGGUGAUAAUAAGCAGCUUGUUAUAUCUGCAAGAUAUCAACACCGAUCCAAACAUAUAAUCCACAAGUAUUAAAUCAAUGCAAUGUUAGGAGUGACCAUAACUUAUACAGAUCUAGGUACAGAGAUCCUGUAAAACAUAUCAGUCAAAUGUUUGUCAUCAACAAGCUGCAUUACAUAUAUAUUAUGCAGGAAGAAUCAACCAUUUAAAGCCACACAUUGGUUGCAAAUUCCAGAUAUAAGGACACUUAGAAGAAUCCCCAUGAAUAUCAGAAGAGGUCCGUAAUGGAACUACCUGUUUAGGGAUUUCCUCUAUUGUUCAGGCAGCAGGUGAAUUUUACCUGAAAUAGUAAACCUGGUAGAAUGGUCUGGGGACUGGAAAGACCUUAAAAUACUUGCAAUACACAGCAUCAAAAGUUACCUGGAGCAAAUGAGCCUAAAAUAAUACCUUUAUUGCAGAAAGAAAAUUAUAAUGUUCCCCUUCACAACAGGGGAAUCUGUCAGAAGUUUCUGAUCAUUAACUCCUUAAGAACCAAAAGCAUGCCACCCCUGUCAUAUACUAAAGGGAUUGCCAAACUUUCAGGUAUCCAAGGGAUAAAAGAGAAUACUGAAUAUAAAUUUUAUGCUUUAAGGAAAUGAAUUCAGAUUUAAAGAAUAAAAGGUUAUGACCAGGUGAAAGACAAAACCAAUAUUAACAGCUUUUAAAUCAGAUAAUGGCUUCAGCGUUACCUACUUAUGAGAUCAAUUAAUAGCCCAAUUUGUGUUCCUGCAACCAGUAUGAUCUACUAAGCUGUGCGUUAGUAAUCAGCAUAUAUCUAAAGGUAAAACACUGCCACCAAUUAAGAAAAAACAUUCCCUAUCUUGAACAGAGGGGAGAGGAUGCCUGGCAGUAGAAAAAAUGUUGUAGAUGAGUCUCAUAUAUAAAUACAUAGGAGUGCACACAACAAAAAAAAACAUUGGUUAUGUUAAACAUUACCAUACUUCAUAGAAAAUCCACAGUAGGCAAUAAUUACUUACUUGCAUUUGUAUUUGCUAGAAUUGGGCAGUGCUACAUUUCAGCGCAAAACAGACCUUAGAUCAUUUGUAUAUAUUAAAUCUACCAAUGCCGUGUAUAAAUUAGGGUUAUAUUAUACUACCAAUCUGCAUACAGAUUAUAUGAAUCACAUACAUUGUGGAUGUUUCUGACAGCACAUUAUACACCGAUAUAUCAGUUACAUAUACUGAGUCUGUUUAAACAGUAAUCAUACAUAGCCUACCUCUGCUAUAUACAGUGACACUAUGCCUGUACACAUAUUAAGAUUUAUAUAAGUGAGAUAAAUUGUGGCUGUGUUUUAACAGAACUUCAUGCACAUAAUAUACCACUCACAUAUACUGAGGUUGUGACUCACAACCCACACAUAGAACCAGUAUUAGAUUGGACUCAUAUAGCGGAUGUACUUAUAUCAUUCACAUAUAUUGUGCUUCCACUAAUACAUCAAUCAUAUAGAGAACAGAUUCACUGAAGCAAUGUCUCCACACCAUCUUACCUAUAGAGCAUGUAGAGGGCAUAUACUGGGGCUGUGUUUUCACAGCAACUCAGAGCGUAUAAAGAACACACACUGAGGCGGAGUCUCCAGAUCAACUCGUACAUAGACAAUAUAGUGGAUACAUAUACUGAGGCUGUGUCCUCAUAGUAACUCAUACACAGAGCAUAUAGUGGAUACAUAUACUGAGGCAGAGUCCUCAUUGUAACUCAUAUAUACAGCAUAUAGUGGAUACCUAUACUGAGGCAGUGCCCUCACAGUAACUCAUACAUACAGCAUAUGGUGGGUACAUAUACUGAGGCUGUGUCCUCACAGUAACUCUUACAUAGAGCAUAUUGUGGACACACUCACACCAUCCUCAUAGUAACUCCUACAUAGAGCAUAUAGUGUGUGUGUGUGUGUUUGUAUACAUACACACUGAAGCUGUGUCCUCAUAGUAACUCAUACAUAGAGUAUAUAGUGGAUACAUAUACUGAGGCAGUGUCCUCAUAGUAACUCAUACCUAGAGCAUAUACUGGACACACACUGAGACUUCAUACCAAUUCAUACAUUAGAGCAUAUAGUGGAAACAUACCGAUGCUGUACCACCACCAGAUCAUGUACAGAUACUGAGGCCCAGUGGUCUCCUGUGCAGUAUAUUCUUCCACUGUCUGCAAAGCCUGCUUAUUUGUGAUAAUGCACAGAUAACAGCAAUCAAUGCCACAUGCCUUGAUAGAAACAAGUGUGUGUGUGUGUGUGUGUGGACUUACAGUUAGGUUUUUAAAACCUGUCAUAUGCAUGUGUGUACCUUAAUCAGAAACCUAGAGAAGGUUCUCUUACCUUGGAUAUUUCUCUGUCUUCAGGCUGUGGAAUUCCAGCAGACUUUAUACAGCCAGGAUAUCCAUUAUUAGCACUCUUUUUCACAGCACUCCUUUCAGUGUACCAUUGUCAUCCCCUCAGGGAGAGAGAUAGGUUAAACUCCUGAUUGCUGAAGGAGGUACCGAGGCUGGAAACUCUUACACAUGUGCUGUUUGCUGGGUCUUCAGGGAUAAGGGCUUAGACUCAACUGGGCCUCAUGUAUGCAGUGGACUACUGUCAUCACUUCCGAGAGAGAUAAGACAAACCCCUGGUUGCUGAAGUAGGAACCCAGGCUGGCAACUCUUACCGGUAUGCCGUUUGCUGGGUCUCUCAGGGAUAAGAGGCUGAACCCUGGCCUGGCUUCAUGUAGGCUGUAUAUCACAUUCAUCCCAUGAGGGGGUACCCAAGCUGGCCUGUUGCUGGGUCUUCAGGGAUAAGAGGCUGAACCCUGGCAUGCAGUGAACCAUUUUCAUCCCUUUCAGGGAGAGCUUGGGUCCAACCCCUGGUCACUAAAGGGGGUACCCAGGCUAGCCACUUCAUCUUAGUGCGUUUUGCUGGGUCUUCAGGGCUUAGAGGCUGAACCCCGGCAGGGCCUAAAACAUAUUGCCUGGUGAGCAUAAAAGAAAAAAUCUAGGCCUGCUUAAGCAGACUCCUUCCAAACUGCUGUGAAGGACAGGAAAAAAGACUGCCUGAUGGGAAGGGGGAGUAUCUAUUUAUACCAACUUCAGAGUUCUAUUUCCUGUCCUUUCUGCUGUGAGGGGAGGAGCUAACCCAUGAGUAAAUGCUGCCAUGAAUAAUGGUCAGGAAAAAGUUUUGGUGUGAAAACUCCUCCUUCCACGUAGAAUAUCACUUUUUAAAAUCCGUUUUUAUAAUGAAGCUACAUUUAUUUGUUUGUCAGAAUUUUGUGUUUUUGUUCCUUUGAUGCUGCAAUAAAGUGGUGAACCUUAUGUUGCAUUACGAUGCGCUAAGGGUGAGUCCAGGGGUUGUAGGCACCCACCAACUAAGUAGUUGAAAAGACCUGAAGAUAGUUAGGUAACCAGUGAGCAGAACCUAUGAUAUGUCUCCUCUCAAGGGCUCGCAGGUAGACGAAUAAAAAUUGAGCCCUGCGGACAGGGUGUAAGAAAACAAACACUCAAAUUUUCUAGAAGAAAAAACCCAAUAUGUUCAAUUCACUCUACUGCUUUGUAAAAUCAGUCUUUUUAAUCCACUACUUGUGUGUCGCAUUACUGCUCAUCUAGUAUCUGUCAGUGGAUGUUAAAUAUACUCACAUUUUUAGAAAAAUUUGGCAAAUUCGAUAGUAGCUAAUCUAGGUGACAAUAAUAUUAUUUCUGCUUAUAUUGGCUCAUUGCGCACAAUGUUUGUUUUUUCUUUUCAGCUUAAGGCCACCUCCCGAACAUGGCAAGCUAUUUGUGUCAAGGCGAUCGCUGCUGGAGUGAGUGAAUGUUUCAGAUUUUUAUGUUUUCGGAGCAAACUGAACAAUUCCUAGAUUUUUCACCACACCUUUUGAAUCAGUCUUGCCUGAUCUUGCCCCAAGACAUUUUUAUAUAGACCGUGCCAGAAUGAAAAAUGUGUACAUUAAAAUAUAUUAAAUGUAAGCUGUCCUUAUAACUACUGAUGGGCUACAGCUCAUUCCAACGCCUACUGUUUUGGGUUUAAUUUGCCCUCUUGGGCAUUGGUCACUCAGCCCCCCCCCCCCAAAUUUCAUUAGCUAUAAAUCUAUAAAAAUAGAAUCAAACGUGCCUUUAAUUCAUCUCUGUGCCUGGGUUCUCUGAUUCGUUCCACGCGACCCCUUUUGUCAUUGUGUAUCAUCCUUUAUGGGUCCAUGGGCCAAUCAAAUGUGGGGACAGAUGGCGGCAUGGUGCUGAAUGCAGACUGAAUGCAUUCUUUUAAGUAAAGGGAAAUGGAGGGAAGGCUCAACUUAUUCAUUCAAUAUGAAUGGGACCGUGGGAGGGAGGCCUUCAUAUCGCUGCCUGCAAUAAUAGAAGCAGAUUUUUUCUCUCACUAGUAUGCAGAGUGUGCUGACUACAGACGUAAUGUUUGCACAGAAUUACCAUUAAACAGCACAUAAACGACUACUAGGAUGCUUAUGUCCUGUGUGCUAGGGGUGCUAUAAGACCGCUGCUACUAGAAGGGCAGAUUACUCUGUAUAGACAGCAUUUCUGCACAUACAGAAGCAGUAGUCAUGAAGGUUGGAGUAACCUUUUAAUAUAGGAGGCUUGAAGGUAUCCCUCAGCUUUGGAUUCUCAAUAGUAUAGCGUAUUACCUUUUAUAAAUUUGAUUAUUGUAUGUAAAAAAAAUUUUUUUUUUUUUUUUAAUAGUGUAUGCUGCUGGCCUCUCUGUGUGUUGAAAUAUAAUGCUCACACUGAUUAAUGACUUCCAUUCAACAGUAACAUAGACUUUUCAUUAAAAAAAAAAAAAAAAGGACAUACUCGAUAUAAUGUUCCAUUGAUAAUUUUGUUUUUUCUGCAUUCUGGGAUUUAACUUAAUCACUGUUCAUCGAGCUACCGUAUGUAUUUGUUAAAUUGGUCGACUGUUAAAUUUGUUAUAUCAAAGGCACACUACUGACAUUGUCCUCUUAUCCACCAGUGAGCUAUUCGAAGUGAAUCACAUCCGAACCAUCUACCACAUGUUUAUUGCUCUUCUCAUACUCUUCAUACUCAGCACUCUGGUUGUGGACUGUAUUGACCAGGGCAGGUAAGAACAGUUACCUUUUGGUUCCUGCAGUAAGUGUAAUAGAAUAUUCUCUGCAUUUCCAACAAUGUUCUCAAACCUGGAUAUGAUGUCUGACAUCUUACCAAGUAACUUUAAACUACAUAAGCCCUUACCUUCCGGGGCUAUACUGCAACGCCAUCUGUAUAGCAUAACAUAAAUGUAAAGGUGCUUUUACCAUAUGCGGUGGCAGCUGUCCCUCGCCCUCAUGGCGUAGUCCCACAAGAACUACAAUACACUUACUUUAGGAAUUGUGGGAUGCUAAUCUUGUCAUUUGGGAGCAAGGUGAAAGCAGCUGGGCCAUCCAGUUCUGGGAGGGAGCUGUGCGUUAUAGAAAAUCUAUAGGCAGCAAUCUCCUAGUAAAUGUAUAUAUUUUAAUAUAUACACUUUUUCUGAGAAAAUGUUAUUAUUUCUGCACAUAAUUGAAUGUGAACCACAACUUCUGCAUGGUGAGUUCAGUUUAUAUAAACGCAGUUUUAGAGGAAGUCAAACGUGUGAAUGUUGGGAAAUAUUUUUGUGUGUUUUUUUUUUUUUUAAACUUAUUGCUCCAGCGCAACUGCAUUUUAUUGCUCAGUUGGAGCUGCUGUGAGUGUCUUCUAAUAUGUGCUUUUACGCAGGCUGUGAUCUGAUCACUAGGGGUGUUCUCAAAGCAUCAAUCAUAGAUUACUACCCUUACUUAAAAUAAUCUAAAAGCACUGGUAGGGUUUGCAAAUACAUGACAGUACAGCUCAUGUCAAGCUUUCCAAGAAACUGAUUCAUGCCACAGUGUCUUUAAUCCUAGACAAAGACUUCGGAGAUGUGUGUUUCUUUUUUAUAAAUGCCAUAAAAAGUUAGACUGUGCUCUGCGUUUCGAUAACCAAGUAGCUCAGGGAUGAGAAACUUACUUCUAGAGAGAGAAAAAACUCACCCUUGUUAAGUUUUUAUUUUUUUAUUUUUUAACACUGUCAACUGUUGCAAAUUUCCUAAUUUCUUCCUGUUCUAGCACACACAAGUGUGGCAUUGAAAGUUUAACUUGUGUAUAUGUUUACUCCGUCCUUUAGUUGGCGUUUACUUGCUGUUUAGCUGUCCUUGGGGUUUUAUCAUUCAGUUGAUGCUUUCUUUACGGAAUGUACUGCAUGUUAUGAAUCAGAUUCGCCAUUUUCAAUCUAUUUUAAGCAGAAACGUACCCUUUAUUACAAAGGUAAAAUGUUAGAUUUGAGUUUUCCAACUCAUUCUGACUCCCAGAUUUCAUUACAAUCAUUAUUUUCUAUAUUCAGGGAUUGAAGGGACACUAUAGUCACCAGAACAACUACAGCUUAAUGUAGUUGUUCUGGUGAGUGUAAUCAUUGCCUUAAGGCAUUUUCAUGCAAACACUGCCUUUUCAGAGAAAACGUAGUGUUUACAUUGCCCCUUGGGACACCUCCAAGUGACCACUCCUUAGAUGUCCACUGGAGAUGCUUCCUGGGGGCAGCACUGCCAUUUAGCGUCUCCAUGCUCUGCAUGGGGAAGCUGAACUUUCCUCAUAGAGAUACAGACUCAAUGCAUCUCUAUAAAGAAGUGCUUAUUUGGCCAAAACGGUGUUUGGCCCCGCCUCAUCCCACCUCCUUACAGAUUUUAACCAAUCCAAUGCUUUCCUUAUGCAUUGGAUUGGCUAAAAAUCUGCAAUUCUGAUGUCAUCAAGGAGGUGGAUCGGGGGGCGGGGCAAGCACUGGCGGGCCCGCACGGCGCUGGAAAUAAGGUGAGUUCUAAUUCCUUGUAAGAGGGCUGAGGGGGGCAAGCCACCUAAAUGGUGGGUUUAACACCAUAUUGUCAGGAAUACGUGUUUGUGUUCCUGACCCUAUAGUGUUCCUUUAUUUAGUCCAUGGCCUAUCACCAUUUAUAUAAUUUCACCAUUUAUAUAAUUACUGAUACGCGGCAGGAUUGUUAUUAAACCAUGCCGGUGGCACUGAUUAGAGAGGGGGGGGGGAGGACGUUUUCAAAGGUCAUGCUAGUGAACAUCACCUGUGCAAGUCUUUGUAUUACUUAUUUAUGUUUCAUUGAAUAGAACAACCCCAGCUGGGUGAUGUUCAUCAUAGAACAUUAUGGGAUUAUCCUGCAUAGCUAUUUUUUGUUUUGCAUAUCUCUCCCUCUGCCUAGUAUAAAGCAAUUGGGGAAGCCAAGAGGUCAAAUUCUGGGUUCAUUUAAAGAAUCUGAAAGAACAAUCACCACCAACACAUUCAUGUUGUCCAAUUCUUGUAGAUACUAAUAUACAAAGCCAGUUUCACACUGUGUUGUGGUUUUCCCCCCCCUACUUUAAUUCACUCCAAUGGUCUGUUUGUAGAGUAAUGGCUGACUUCCUCUUGAAUGUUAUCUUGCAGGCUAGUGUUGGAGUUUGAUCUUCUGGUCUACGCCUUUGGCAAAUUUCCCAUUGUGGUCUGUUCAUGGCUAUGCAUGUUCUUAAGCACACUUAUCAUUCCGUAUGCCGUCUUCUGCACGUGGGCCCGAGGGUACAAGGCUUCUUCUCAUCGCACCACACGUUCUUUGAUUUUUGGGACUCUCUUCAUCGUUUUCCAGAUGUUUAUCAUUGGCUUUGGCCCAGCAUACAUUGUGGUGCUGUAUGAUUUACCCCCGGCUUCUCGCUUCAUCCUCAUUCUGGAACAGGUAAAUAUUUAUAUAUUGCUAUUGAAAUGGAACUCAUCAGAACGGUGCCAAGAUCUUUAUCUCAAACAUAUUGAUGACUUUUUAGGUGCGGCUCAUUAUGAAGGCUCAUUCAUUUGUACGAGAAAAUGUUCCUCGAAUCUUUUCAUUCACCAAGGAGAAAACUGGUGAGUAGCAAAACACAUCCUGAAAUAAUGACUGACCAGUCAAUCCACCCAUAUCCUAUCUUCAGAGCGCUUCGUAAUUCAUUAUUAAACCCGCAGCUUUCGCAAACGCUCUUUUGUUGUGUACUCUGAUUCUUCUUGAACAGCAACAUUCUGCAAUAUCAGAGAAAGAAAAUGAAAAAAUACCAUCAAACUAUUCCUAUUAUUUAAGUUCUCAAAAAACUGUGUUCGGGAAAAAAAAAUAGUCUGGUGCAAGAUUUGUAAACUGUGCUGUCCAUUUAAUUACUGUUGGGUACUUAUUAUUAUUGAUAGAAAAAUGGAUCCUCCUUCUUCGAUGGCAUAGUAGCUUUUCUUAACCCUAACCCUUUUUUUUAAAAAUUUUUGUAUUUUUAUUAUAUGUAGCCCUAGCCUAAACUUCUCCCUAUUUGCGAACACUAACCCUUCACCGUGUUCCCUAACCUUAACACCUCUGUAUUUCUUGUACCUCUCUCCCGUAUAUUGUUUACACAAACUGCUCACUUCCAUAUUUCCUACCUCAUUGUGUGAGCUUGACAGUGGUCAGAUGACUCCUCAAAAGGUCUGCAAUCAAACUAGUUGCCAUUAAACUAACAAGUUUGUGUGCAGUUGAUUUCGAUAAUCACAAAUAUUAAAUACAUUUGUGAUUCUUAAAUAUUAAAAUUACACCAAUACUGAUUGACCACACACAGUAUCUAGAUGCACAUGGCAUGUUUGUAGGUAUUAAGAUCCCUUUCCUAUGGUUUCCAUUAUGUUAAAGAAAUUCCAGAGUCAUGUUGGUGAUACUGAGGGAAUACAAGAAUGGAAUGAAGUUUUAUUAUAUGUUCUUUUUUCUUUUUAUUUCAGCAGCUGUUCCAGUGCCGCAACUUACACAAUACCUGUAUUUCCUCUUUGCUCCCACCCUUAUAUAUCGUGAUCAUUACCCAAGGUAAGCAAGAUCUAUUCAAAAUGUCCUCAAUCUACAGCACCAUAUCCUAAAGCAACUCUAACUCAUUGCAAAAUUAAAUAUUUAUAGCUCGUAAGUAAGGAGUCAAGUGAAUUUCUCAUGGAAUAUCAAAAUCAAGUGUUUUAUGCAAACUAAAGGGACGCACCAAGCUCAAUAAAACAAGUUCCUUGAUUAGGUUAUGGUGCUCGGGGGUCUCGGGGGGCAGCAAUCUGGAAAAAUAACUGCAGCAACCAGCUCUAGCCUUUCACUUAAAUGUCAUUGGCCAUACCUAUUCUUCUACUAUCUCGAAUGGCUUCACAGCAUGGAUUUCUAGAGUUAGAGUUCUUGUCCUGGGCUUAACUUUUCAAUAAUGGAAAUAUAUUUUCUCAUACCAGUACAUGCAAUUUUUUAAAAGAUUUGAGUAGGUAGUACUUUGAAAAGUCUAACAGAAAAGUAAUAGGUCAGCGCAAAAAAAUCAGUAGAAGCUAAAAACAGAUGGGAAAGCAGCAACCUAUAGUGAUGAGGCUCCCUCUCGUAUCCUCAGGUAAAUAGACAAACAAAAGAAAAUAUAUAGGUUGCGCUAUAUGGUAAUAGACGAAAAAGUAAAUGGGGUGAGACAAAUAUAUAAAUAAACAGGAAAAAUAAUUCCAAUACUAAAAAGUCUUUAAUAAAACCUGUAAAAAUGCUUGAGUGUAGAAAGAGUCCAAUAGGUAGCUGGGUCUUCUUAUGCUGGAGGUAUCUCAGUUCGGUAGUAGAUAUAUGAACAUGUAAGAGAAACAGAGAAACUCCAAUGGUGCAGAUUGUAAAUCAACAAAUUGAUAGAUAGAAAGUUCUCACAGCAGAUGAUCCACUCACCUAUUUCUGAGCAUAAACUAGCUCAAGUGGUAAUAGCGUCCAGUGGCGUUGAUCCUCCACUGGUAGCAUAUAGGUGGUGAAGAUAUGAUGAGCUCCUCGGUAUAUAGAGCGAUGGAAAAACAAUAUAGUGCUCACUGAAUUAAUGAAAAGAUAAAAUGGUAAAAAGAGUAGAAUACUCAUAUAUAUGUGCAGGAUAUACUGCUCACUAUAAUGGCGUAGGUGGUAUUAUCCCCACCUAGGAUUCUUGGACAGAUGCGUGUUUCAAUGUCGCAGGUACCAGGUAUCAAAUAAAAUAAUCUAAUAAAAAGGUAUAUAAAGGCUAAUAAAAGAGCCAAUAUUCCUUUAUUGAUAAUAACAGAAUAAAUAUAUCUAUAACAAAUAUAAAAACAGCCAAGAAUAUGUUUGAAAUAUGUUUUUAUAUUUGUUAUAGAUAUAUUUAUUCUGUUAUUAUCAAUAAAGGAAUAUUGGCUCUUUUAUUAGCCUUUAUAUACCCUUUUAUUAUAUUAUUUUAUUUUUUAUUUGAUACCUGGUACCUGCAACAUUGAAACACGCAUCUGUCCAAGAAUCCUAGGUGGGGAUAAUACCACCUACGCCAUUAUAGUGAGCAGUAUAUCCUGCUCAUAUAUAUGUGAGUAUUCUACUGUUUUUACCAUUUUAUCUUUUCAUUAAUUCAGUGAGCAAUAUAUUGUUUUUCCAUCUCUCUAUAUAUCGAGGAGCUCAUCAUAUCUUCACCACCUAUAUCCUACCAGUGGAGGAUCAACGCCACUGGACGCUAUUACCACUUGAGCUAGUUUAUGCUCAGAAAUAGGUGAGUGGAUCAUCUGCUGUGAGAACUUUAUCUAUCAAUUUGUUGAUUUACAAUCUGCACCACUGGAGUUUCUCUGUUUCUCUUACAUGUUCAUAUAUCUACUACCGAACUGAGAUACCUCCUGCAUAAGAAGACCCAGCUACCUAUUGGACUCUUUCUAUACUCAAGCAUUUUUACAGGUUUUAUUAAAGACUUUUUAGUAUUGGGAUUAUUUUUCCUGUUUAUUUAUAUAUUUGUCUCACCCCAUUUACUUUUUCGUCUAUUACCAUAUAGCGCAACCUAUAUAUUUUCUUUUGUUUAAGUACUUUGAAAAGGGCAGUUAUGCAAGAUUGGGGGGGUGGGAGGUGCAAGGGUUGUUAAUAUGAUCGGUUUUGUUUUUAUUAUGCUAAAAUGGAAAAAGCAUUUAAAGAUUUAAAGAUCUGAUUUUCCUUCUAUUUCUUUAUAGGAAUCCAUCCAUAAGAUGGAGUUAUGUUGCUACUAAAUUUGCUCAGGUAAGUAGUAGUUUAUCAUCUACACUUAUUUGUUUUCCUAAUAAGAAAUACAUUUGCAGUUAUAACAUUUUUGAAUAUUGAUGAAUGUCAAACCCAAUUGCUGAAAGGCGGGGAGCUGCCUCCACCUUUCCACCUAUCUGUUACAAUUUCCUUUUAGUGUGUGCGCGCGCGCGCGUGCGUCCCAGUCCCCUAUCUUAUGAAAUAUAUAUUUGUAGUCUAGGACAAUAGGCGCAGUAAUGAAAUGAUAGAGGUAUGCACAAGUCAGUUGUGAUGUGCCGAAACCGACGUAUCAGGUAGGCCUGUAAUAAAAGAGUAAUAAAGGGGAGGGAUGAAAUCAGCGGUUACGGUCCUGUAAUGGAGGGGGCCUGAGUUUAAAUAGCCAGGUAACCCCUCCCACAGUUACAGGCUCCGCCUUUCUAUUUGUAGUCUGGAACAAUAAGCCGUAAUAAUGAAAAGAUAGAGGUAUACACAGGUUGGUUGUGAUGUGCCAAAACAAACGUAUCAGGUAGGCCUGUAAUAAAAGAGGGCAAAAAGUUGAAAUAUAUAUAUAUCACUUUAUUUCAUACACAUUACAAUGCUAAUUCUUUAAAUGCGAGUCUUAAUUCCUGCUCUGGCUGAGGAAUAUAUCUGGCAUAGGUUGUGGAUUUCUUGCGACCUAAACUUUUGAUGAUAUGAGCAGGAACAUUGUGACAGGGUAAGAAGACAUAAACGGGCUUGUGAUGGCAAAUGCGCUUAGGGAUGUGAUGUUGGAUGCCAGUCGGUAGAGCUUAAUGAUAUUAACAGAGAUUUUUAAAUUGAGAUGGCAAAAAGAGAGAAACGCCACUAUGGAUUCUAGUGAAUCAGUGUUACUAAUGUGGGAAUCUGAGGUAAACUUAUGGUAAAUGCUCUAUCGGAAACACGGGAUGUAUUGGCCGAAAGGGCCGAGUUAGCCGGAAAUAUUCUGUGCCAAUAUGCGAUUUAGCCCAGGAUUAAGUAUUGAAACGGGGGGGUGUUGACAGGGGUGUUGUUGGCUGUCGGGUGUGCUUUGAAGAAAUCCUGAAAAUUAGCGUGAGAUAAUGCAUCAACAGCUUUAUUAAUUUUUAUCGGGGAUGUGUAUGCAAGUGAUAUCAAAUUGUAGUGUAGCUGCCAACCAUGUAGGGUAGACUGAGGGUCUCGUCUGGCCAUGAGUCUCUGAACCAGGAGUCACCAAAGAAACCUUAUGUGGGCUGCAGCAUCAGUCCAGACUAUGGGGGAAUGAUCAGAGAUUGGGGGAAUGAACAUUGUUUCCUAUUCCAAUGGGACAAGAACCUGAGCCACAUGUGUAAAUCUACGUUGGCGUGCAUAUCCAAAGACGUGGUACUAUUGUCUAUAAGAAGAUGGGGACGAUGGCACAGCAAUCGGGAAAUAAAUGCCUGGCCCUGUGGAAUUAUUCUUAUGGCAAAGGUCAACGUGCCUAGUACACGUUUUCUUGGCAAGGAAACAUUCCACAGUUUCCAUGAUGUGCUGUACCUUAUCUAUCGGUAAACUUGCUUUCACCGAAUGAUGUGGUGGAAACGUUGGCCUCUCGGUGACGGUAUAAAAGACCAUAUCAAUGGACGUGAGCGGUGAGGCCCUAACUGUUUUUUUUUUUUUUUUUUAUAUUCUUUAUUUUUGCGUGCAGCAUAUAACAAUAUGGCCUGAUUCGCCACAACAACAAAUACAGGCGCAAUACAUACAAACUGUUCAAUGACAUGGCAGGCAUAGUCCAGCACUUUUAUAUAGUUGGUAGAAUAAGAUUAGUGUGGCCUUGGGUAUGAGCUACGAGUGUGUCUGUUAGCGAUAUCUCCAGGGUCACAGGUUUGUGCUAGUGAGUGGGGAAGACAUGAGCAUUACAUGUGAGGAACAUGUUAGGGGGUCUCAUGGUUUUCUCAUUUGAGUAAGUGGCCUGUGUAUCAGAGCCCCUAAAAGAAUAGGAGAGUAUGACCCCUGAGUUGAGGUGUAUGUGUGAUGUCUACUCAUCUUGACUAGGGCCGGGGGGUGGGGGGGGAGAGGUAGGGCUGGUCCCUGAUAUGGACCCAGUUGGUCCCCAGUUGCUGAGGGUGCAUUAUAGUGCACUUUAAGGUAAUAUGACCCCAGGUGACCAGCUAUUUGUGGCAGAGGAACAUAUGAAAACUAUAAAGGAGAGGAGCGGUAAACAAAAGGAAGAACAAAAAGAACAAUGACAACUUGCGGUAACUUAAAGGUCUGUUCACGGUGGAGUCUGUCUGUGGGCCCGGCAUGGGAGUGACAGUCCAGCCACUAAGGCGUUAAAGUUCAGGUUUCUUCCCUGGCGUGUGUUUUCCGUUGCAAGGAACGGGGGGUGAACUCCGGUACGGUUGAGGGGUUAAUGCCCGCCAGGCUUGUCGUGGCUGACUUCUCUGGUCUGUUCAAGUUCAGGCUUAGGAGGUGAUGUUCCAGCUCCUGGAAAGUCGUAGCUUUGUAUGUCAAGUCCUGGUGAGUAAAGGACAGAGCUCUUGGGAACCCCCAACGGUAAGGAAUGUCUUUAGCCUGUAGUUUCUGCAGUAGUGGCUGUAGGGUCUUGCGCCAUGCGAUGGUACCUCUGGUGAGGUCUGGGAACAGUGAUAGGGUGGAUCCCUCGAACAAAAGAGGGGUUUGCCCGCGGGCCGCUGUACGGAUCGAAAUCUUGUCAUGUAAGGUUUGAAAUCUGAUUAUCAGGUCUGCCGUCGCCUCCCCAGGUGCAGACGCUGGCUUCUGCAGUCGGAACAUGCCCUCAAUCUUGACCGCUUUGGCUUGUUUUGGCGGCAGUAGGGUAUUAAGCAGGCGCCGUAUAUAGUGCGGUAAGUCAGUCAAACUCACUGAGUCUGGGAUUCCCCGUACUUUCAAGUUGGUGCGCCGCCUGCGCUCCUCCAGGGCUUCAGUUCUGUCUGCUAUGGCUUUGUUUCUGUUGGAGCUCCGCCAGUGCGUGUUCCACCGCGAUGAGCCUUGAGUCCUGUGUGUCCGUUUUUGCCUCCAGGAGGGUUAUUUUAUGUACGGCCCCAUCUAUGGCGUUUUUGUAAUGGGCCAUGUCCGCCGCAAUGUUCGCUCUUAAGUUGGGCGGCUGUGACCGGGUCUCCGGCAGCCGGUGGCUUGGCUUUAGGCACCGCUGGUUGAUUGAUCCUGGUCUCUACCCCAGGGUUGUAGGAGAGAUCUUCAGAGGAGUACGAGGAGCCAUCGUCUCCCGACGCCAUUUUGUCCCAUGUUGGUUUUUGAGGGCCUCGCAACAUCUCACCAAUAUCGUGGCAGAAGGGACCUCUGUCCGCUCUCUGUUUCUUGUUUUUUCGACCCAUUGUGCCCUUAGGUAGCAGUGUGGCAGCUUGAGGUUGGGUACUGGUAUGUUUUAUGCAGUUUUACCGCAAUAAUGUAGAUCCCAAGGUCGGAGCUCGGGAAAGUGUGGCCGCUCUGUUUGGCUGCUGGCUCCGCCCCCCGAGGCCCUAACUGUUAACCAGAAUCGAUUGAUGUGUGUUAGGCCAAGGGGCGAAUACCUCCGUAUAAGGAUGGGUGUUGGCCUCACGGAAAUUGAUUAAGUUACAGCUAGCGAUGGACGUAGUAGAAAAGGCCAGCCAGUUGACUUUACCCUAGCAAAGAACGGGACGGGUGUAAGAUUUGUACCAGGUGAUUGGCACGCACCUAAAUUGUGGUAGUAAGCGGUUUCUCUAUCGGAAGGACGAAAUACCGUCUUUUCUAAGAAAAGAAUGUAGGGAGAGUAAUGUAAGGAUCCGGACUUGGGGGGUGGGGUUAUCCUACUGUGAGUGAGAAACUCACCUGUAAAAAUGGGGACAGAUAUUCCUGCGGAUGUUCUAGAAGUAGGCUACCUGAGGAUAAGUAAGAGUUACACUCUUGCCAUAAUAAUAUGUACGAGGGACGUAGGGGAAAAUUUUAUUUAUAUAUAUAUAUAUAUAUAUAUAUAUAAUCACUACAAGUGAGUUGUUUGAGUUCCUCUGAGGUUGGGGUGAUUUGUAUAUAGAGAUAUGUCACCUAGUUUGACAUUCAGCUUGCCUUGCUGCCCUUUAGCAGCAGAGUGGAUGUGGACAGAAGACAGCACUAUGGGACAGAUGCAGUGUUAUGUUAGAGAUGUUGGACCAGCAUCUUGCUGACUCUUCUAUAUCCUUCUGCUGCAUGGAAUUCCUUUUACCAAUAGGCAGUGUCUGACAUUGGUUACUGGAUGUGCCAUUGGUGAUGCAUGUUAAAUUGACUGAUGGCAGAAUUGUGACUACCACGUAGCAUGUAUGAUGUUUGGCUUCUAUAUGAAAUUGUUUGUGAAGCACAGGUAUACAUUAUUAUUUUUUAAAACAAAGCAAUAUACAAGUGAAUGUAAAAUUGAUUUCUGGUAAUCCGGUUUGUUUCAAAUCAAAUAAUAUUGCACAUAGUAUGUUUUUUUUUGUAAUUUUUUUUUAUUUAGUCACCAUUUAACAAAUCACAUUGAUAAUCUAGAACUCAACUAUUUUGUCUUUUGUCAUGCAGGUGCUUGGAUGCCUCUUCUAUGCCUACUAUGUCUUUGUUCGUCUCUGUAUCCCACUUUUCCGCAACAUAAGCCAGGAGCCAUUUAGUCUGCGAGUUUUGGUACUCUGUAUCUUUAACUCCAUUCUCCCAGGUAUUUACAAUUUUUCCAACAAGUAAUGUAAUCUAAGGUGUAUUUUCUGUACGCUAAUCGCUGUCUCCUGUUUUUAGGAGUGCUGGUUUUUUUCCUGGCUUUCUUUGCGUUCCUGCAUUGCUGGCUCAAUGCCUUUGCAGAGAUGUUGAGGUUUGCAGACAGAAUGUUUUACAAGGUAACAAGACAGCAUUUUGCUAUACAUGAUAUUCACAAAACCUCUUUUGCAUGGGUUUAAUGCAUUGUGCAGUGCUAAUUUGAGUUGUUGUGAGUGAUCUUACAAUUUAAUUUGUACCGUACUAUCCCAGUGGUUGCAUGCCAUAUGUAAACAAAACCAUUACCCCAACAAAAGUUUAUAUCUAAAUUAAGGUUUCGUACAAUGUGCACUAAGUAUGCAUUUGUUCACUAGUGAUAACUUAAGACGCUUGAUGCAGUCCUAUUUCCCCUCCCCCUAUUCUUAUAGUUUUUAAAGGGACAUUCCGGUCACCAAAAACUCCCUACAUUUUAGUGAACUGUUUAGGUUCAUAGAUGCUAUCCAUUUUCUCAGGCAAAAUAAAACACUGCCAUUUUUUUUGAGAAACAGCAGUGCUUACAUUUGGCCAACCACACUCCUCUGGGAGCUGUCUGUCAGGCAGCCCUUGGGGCAUUUCCUCUUUAAGUGCUCUGAUUUUUGAAGAUCUUUACGUUUGGUGCACCGCUAUGUCAAAUGCUUCUCAGAGAGAAGUAUUGGAUUUAUUGAUGACGAGUGAUGAUCUUAGUGUGGGCAGAUUGGGAUGCAGUUGGGAGACUAUAUUGGUGCUGGAUUGCAGAUAUGUUUUCUGUUGGGGCAUUUAUUAAGAAAUAGAGACCCUAGAUCUAAAACUAGUAAGGAAGACAUUAAAGGAUCACGUUUUCCUGACUCUAUAGUGUUAAAACCACCAUCUAGCCCCCCUGGGCCACUCAUUCCUCCAUAAAUAUAGUAAAAAUCUUACUGUAUUCAAGCUUGAAGCUGUAACUCUGCAUGCUGUUUGUCUCAGAAAAACAAGCAGUCUGCUGACAUCAUCAGAAGUGGAAGCCUGAUCCAAUCACAAUGCUUCUCCAUAGGAUUGGCUGAGACUGACAAAGAGGCAGAUCAGGGGCAGAGCCAGCAUGAUUCAAACACAGCCCUGGCUAAUCAGCAUCUCCUCAUAAAGAUGGAUUGAAUCAAUGAAUCUCUAUGAGUAAAGUUCAGUGUCUGCAUGCAGAGGGUGGAGAUACUGAAUGUUUGGAUGCAUUUUAGGCAGCCAUGGCCCAGGGAGGAUCUCUAACAGCUAUCUGAGGAGUGGCCAGUGAAGUUAUCACUAGGCUGUAAUGUAAACACUGCAUUUUCUCUGAAAAGACAGUGUUUACAGCAAAAAGACUGAAGGUAAUGAUUCUACUCACCAGAACAAAUUCAAUAAGCGGUAGUUGUUCUGGUGACUAUAGUGUCCCUUUAACUUAAAAAAACAAAUCUAUGGAAGGCACCUCAGAAUGCUGAAAAGUGUUAUCCUAAAACAUUUGCCUUAAUUCAAGUCCAAAUCAAAACUUGCAACACUUAUUGAUCAUUUGUCAUCAUUACAAUAUGGUCCCUAAAGAAAGUGUACUAACAUGGAGUGUCCUUUUGGCAGAGCAACUAUAGUUCUGAACAGCAGUGAUCCAAUUAAAUGAAUAGGUCAUUCUGUUUUGGAGAAUUGUGCCUAUGUGUUUUAGCUAUUUAAUUUUAACUGACAAUUCUAUGUUCAUAUAUUUGGGUACAAUAGCAGACUGACAAAUCCAUGAAACUACUACUGCACCCAUAUGCUUUUUUAUUUUUAAGAUUUUUACUUUUUUUAUUGCACUUUAUGCAGGACACCCAACAUUAAAUGUUGUUUUAAAUGUACUUCACAAUUAAAAUAAAAAAGCUGGUCUAUGUUGGUUUUUGUUUGUGCAGUACAGAGGUAAUAACCGUAAUAAUGAUGUAUUCAUUUUGAAUGAUUCCUUUAUGUGUUAGGCAGUACAUGUUUAGAGGUAGCUGAGCAAGAAAUCUUAAUGUUUUUCAAUUUCAGGACUGGUGGAAUUCAACCUCAUUUGCCAAUUAUUACCGGACCUGGAAUGUGGUGGUUCAUGACUGGCUGUAUUACUAUGCUUACCGGGACUUCCUUUCAGUAAGUGCUCUCUACCUUAAAGAAACACUCCAAACACUUAAAGGGACAUCGUAAGCACUGUAUGUGCUUCAUCUCAUUAAACUGGUUAUAGUGUCUGGAGUCCCCUGGUACCAUAAUUUCUUCCAGCAUUAAACCGUUUUUAAUGUUUUAUUGCUAAGCAAGUCCAUCCCCUCUGUGCUGCUUUGGCUAAUAAGGAAGUAUUACCCUGAGAGGCAAUGGGCAGCUGUGAUUGGCUGAGUGUGUCAGCUGACUGCUUUUAACCUGUCAGAGUUCCAACUGAUGGUAUGAAUGAGUAUGACAACAAGGAAGUGUGCAAUCUCUGGCUUUGCUACACGGAAGGGGCCAGACUGUGGGUGGCCAGGGAGUCUUAUUUUGUGGCAUGCUGCACAAACAUAGUGCAACACUGAAUGGAGGGACCGUGCCAGGGCAUCCAAGGCACUAUAACCAAUGCAAAAAGAUGCAAUUAUUAUAGUGACUACAGUGUCACUUUAUUGGAAGUGCUUUGUAUGUUCUCCUUUUUUUAAUUUUUCUUUUUUUUUUUUUUUUAUUGUAUUUUACGCAAAGUGCCGAUUUGAUUUAAAAACUGGUCCUGUAACUGCCUGGUUGGUUCUCUCAGUGGAGGCAGGCAAAUCUUUUUGUUGUUGACUGGUGUACACUUACUAAACAUCUGCUUUUUAAAGUGAUACAGAGAGCCAAUGGUAGGUUUCAUAAUUACAUCUUUUUAUACAUGUUCUCUCUCUUUAUCCCUCAAGUUGUUUGGCAGAAGAUUCAAAGCAGCAGCCAUGUUAUCCGUGUUCACCGUCUCAGCUGUGGUUCACGAGUAUGUUCUUGGGAUUUGCUUUGGCUUUUUCUACCCAGUCCUCUUCAUUCUUUUUAUGUGCUUUGGAAGUAAGUAAAUACCCAAGCCAGAUAUGUUAUUUGUACGUUAUUUGUUUCUAGACGUUCCAAUCACAUGUUGUAAAUGCAUAGGCAAGUGCAUUUUAACAAAGUUUAAAACACAUUUUGAAGAUGCUUUUUCUGCUGUCAUGGAAACCCAUCAGGGUUUAUUGGUCUAUUCCUUUUGUCACAUAACUACAAGCAAAAUGUAUCCAUGCCCAAUUAUUAUUCUUUUAUUCUUUCAGUGCUUUUUAACUUCAUUCUGCAUGACCGACGAAAAGGCCCCAUUUGGAAUGUGAUUAUGUGGACUUCUCUCUUCUUGGGUCAAGGAGUCCUCUUAUGUCUCUACUCCCAAGAGUGGUAUGCUCAGCGUUACUGUCCAGCCAGCAGUGUAAGUAUUUUUUCUUUUUCGUUCUAUAAUGAGAAUUCUACUGUAUAAAAACUAUAGCUGAUGAUUUCAAUUUUAACAAUCAUGUAACCUCUUACAGGCCACAGUUCUCGAUUAUUUGAAGCCACGUUCCUGGACCUGCCAUUUCCAUAUGGAUGAGUCGAGAUCUGACUUUUUCAAAUGACCUUCUCUACUGCCAGAAGACUUCAUAUCGUGUUACAUUGGCAGGAAACUAAAUAGCAACCCAAAAUUGGACUGAAACAAUAAGAUAUUAGUGAAACAGACUGUAGUCAGCGACUAUCUGACUAGAAAAAAACAUAUUUCUUUUUCAAUUUUUCUUAAUUUUUUUGUUCAUCUUUUAGUGGUCAAAUGUGAAUAUUUAAUGUAGAAUCCAGGAUAAAUAAUUCUUCCUACUUUUACAUCUUUACCAGUUUCAAGCAUAAUUUAUGAAAGUCCCCAGUUACUUCAAAGUCUCAGACAUUCUGUUCAUAUGGUUAACGGUUCUACCCAUCAUGAUCUCGAACUCAACCAGUUUAAUCCUGUAGACAUUAAAAUGUGGAAUCAUUGUGGUGAGACAAGAGGACUGAGAACCUCAUGGGAUCAUGUUUCGCAACAUCUAGAUCAAAGUAAAAGUCCACAAAACUCUGUUCCAGACGUAAACAUGCUGCGUUACAAAGCAAUAAUGAACGUGGCUACAUCCUUCUCUCUGUAAAUCACCAAAGAAUUCCAUUUACAUGUUCCAGACUUUUUAAUUUUCUCUUUUGGCAAUUUAAAUCGACUAAAUCUGGUCAGGUGCAAUACAAAGCACCAGCAUAGAACUAUUUCUUUUAAAGAUCAUACGUAGUGAUCUGAAAUUUAAACUGAACGUGAAGUUGUCUAGGACCGAAAACUUGAUGGAAGGUUUAACCUCUUCAUGACAGUUGAUCUGCCAGGACUGUCAUGAUGUUAUAGGUUUUGUCUAAAUUAUUUGUCCUGAAUGGGUUAAAGACAAUAUAACCUUUGUAUUUUUUUUGUUCUAAAUGCAAGAACGUGGUAGUUUUUAUAACUGUUUUUGAAUUAUGCUGUUCAUUCAUCCUUUUAUUUCGGUGGGGUAAACUAGCUUUCUUUUACCCAAAAUGGUUUACUUUAGAAAGACUGCCACAAAUCUAUAUGCAUCUAAUUUUCCUUGAUUGUUCUCUUUAAGAAACAGCCAAACACUCAAUUUAGAUUGCACUAAAACAGAACAGACAGCGCACGAAUGUGUUAACAUAUAUUUAAAGUGUGAAAGUGCAGAAUGUACAAUAACCCAAAUGUAAAGGGGUCGGGUGUAGGUUUAGUAAUAUCACGAAACAUAACCUAUCCCUACCAAUGGGACUUUGAGCCCUGUAAGUGCUUGAUUGAUCAGUUUGUUUACUUCCUGUCAUUUGAGUGGGACAUCUCUGCAUUAUGUUUUGUGAAGACACAUCCAGGUCAUAUAUCUAUUAAAUAAAUGGUUUCCAAACCUCAAAGCCGACAACUGCUACAAAAUAGAUACUGGCAAAACCAGGAGCAUAAUUGGGGAAAUUACUUAAAUCCUGGAUUGUUUAAACGGCAUUUUUGGAAACCCCUGCACUAGACGGUGGAUCUUGAUUAGGAGAAAGGGAAUGGGAGGUCUUGCCUAUUUCUUUAUUCCUCAAAGCCACCGGUUUUUAUGUUAUUACUAUUAUACAUCCUGGCAUGUCAGGAUCUUUGUACUCCUAUAUGAAUAGAAAAUAUGGGUCUAUGGAGGAUUCCAGAAUUGGGCCUUUCCCCAUUUAUCACGUGUACCGUUAUGGAAAAUAGGCAAGGCAGCCGAAAACAAAUUAAUAAUCCGACUUUGCCUUUUUUUACAAAUAGGUACAUGAGACAAGUUUGUCUAAUGUAUGUAUUUAGAGUUUUGCAACAUGCAGACAAAUCGUACCUUGAUGGAAACCGGUCCCCCAUUUUUUGAGGGGGGGGGGGGAGAUUGUUUUGUUUUCUCUCCCUCCUUUUACUUUCUGUAGCAGAGGCCUGAAACACAGGACCUUGAAAAAGAAUAGCGAUAAUGACCUUUUGCUGUUGAUCUAAUAAUAAUAAUUUGUUAGUUGUUGAAACUAUAGCCAGACUAUUGCACAAUAAUGAUAUAAAUGAAGGAGCAGGAGAUCCAAGGGCAGAGGCUUUGCAGUAUUUUUACAUGAAAAUAUUUUGGUUUAUUUGUAGGUCUCAAAUAUGAUUUAUAAAGGUGGAAAUGAUACAGGGAAUGCAACACGAAAAAAAAAAAAACAUGCAUAUAUAUGUGUGUAUAUAUAUCUCAGUUACUUGACCAUAGCUGCCAAUCACUUAUGCAUCCUUGAAUCAAAUCCUAUCCAGUGUCCCCAUUGAUCUCAGAUCAGCCCUGGUAGACGGUAACCUGAAACUCAUUAUCACCUGUUUUUAUGAGACGUUAAGAGCAGAAACUUUCUACAAGAAGUACAGUCACCAUACAAACAGUGGUGUUGGCACUACUUUUACAGUUGCAUAUUGCUAUAUCCUAUGUGUCGGCCUAGUCUGGUCAAUGAUCUAUGGGAGAUUAUAAUCUUACUCGUCUUUAGCGUUUAUUCACAAAACACUAAAUUGUAGUGGAGAAAAUCGAAUUGCAAAAUUCAGACAAAAAAAAACCUCAACUGUGACGAGAGAAAAGCUUGGAAGUUUUUCCGAACAGACUAUUUUGUGUCUAAAUUUAAUUGCAAUUUGCUUUCCAAUUCUCUGUUUAGUGAAUAUCUUGGUUUGUGUAGAACUUGACAUUAUUGGUAGGCUGGCACUGCCAGUGUGAGUAUCUCCUUUUUAUAUUUUUGUAUUCCGUCCAAUUGCAUUGAAUGUGCUGGGAAACGAGAUUAUAUAUUUAAAUAUGCAUUUUUUGUAAUUGGUGUCAAUUAACAAGUCACUGAGUAUUUUACUGCAAAAGAUACUUUAUAUGUGAAUAAGUGUAGUGUCUUCUUUGUUUUUGUUUUUUUACCAGCUGAUUGUGCUGAAGUAUCUCAUGUAAAAACUAAUUUAGAUAACAAGAAAAAUCUAUGGUUAAUUUUCACAUCUUUGUUUAAAAAGAAAAAAAAGAACGAAAUUGUGCUGUAACUGAUUUUAUUUGUACAGAGCACCCUCUGCUGGUAAUCUUUUAACAUAACUGCAAUGAAAUGACUAGUUUUACAUGCUGUUAAAAGGGACCCUUUCAAAUAAAUAUCAUUUUUUUUUUUUUUUA